CAGCAAGUACAAUUUAUGACCACAAGGCCACAUUCCAGUCAUUUAAAAAAGCAGCAAGAUCAUUAUGGUUAUAAACACGAGCUUUCCUAUUAUGACCUCAUUAGGAGUGCAAUGGACUUGCAGGUAUGGGGCGAUGAGAUGCACAUAAUGGCCCUAUCAUUAGCACUGCGUCGACCUAUAUAUAGCUACGGGUCUCUCCGGGAGGUGUUUACCCCAUAUUAUCCCCGAAAUUACCCCGAGCUUAAGGAUGCCUACGAACGGCAGCCCAUAAAUAAUCACUUUCGGUAUAUCGCCGAUGAGGCCGAUGUCGGCGCCCAACCCAUACUACUUUACUAUAAUGGUAGGGAUCACUACAGUGUAGUCCUACAGGUCAGGGAUGAUGUGGUGCCACUCGUACCUCAAUUGCAAAUGUUGGAGCCUAUGUAUAAGCAUGGUAAACGAUUUAAAUAUUAA